AUGUCCCUGAGCUUCCUACCAUCAUACCUACGAACCUGGAUUGAGGCUGAAAAAAUCUGCAAGGAGCAAGAAUGUGAUUUGCAAGAAACCAUCGAUCAGGAAUAUGAUUGGGUGUUGGUCGAUUAUCGAAACGAGGCGGCGAAGCAGUCUGAUGAUCUACUGCAGGACUACCUCGUGAUCGAAGGGCAAGGAAGUGCUCGGAAAGAGGACGAUGCGUGGCUAGAUGUUGGCCAAAGGACAACAGGGAGUUCAGGACGCUCAAGAAAGGCUGCGAGGCGUGCACGGAAAAGAGCAAGGCGAAGUGCUGAUAGGUACGAAUUUGUUGGUGCCACACAGUUGUAUUGUAUUGAUAUCAAAUAUAAAACAAACACUUGCUAAUUUAAAAUAAAAACAUGCUAAUUUAUUAUACCACUUAAAUAUUUUACAUAUUGCAAUGUUACAUUAUUAUGCAAUGUUACAACAUAAGUAUGAACAUACAAACUUGUGAAUGAACCAAUCAUAGGAAUUGGAACCAAUCCAUUAAGAAACCAGCCUGUUCCAUUAAUGCCAUGAAUUGAUUAUGAUUACACAAUUGCAAGAGUGUAUGCUCAUGUAAUCUUUAAUUUGAAGUGUGAUUUGGUGCAAUGCUCAUCAAUUAUUCAGAUAGACCCCGUAUUUUGAGUUUCAAAAUGACUUCAUUAAACUUUUUUUUUAAUUUCAGUUGGCACUGGCAAGUAAUCUUCGUAGCUUUUUUCAUUAAAUGUGGAAAAUAUCUAAACGAUAAAUUUUUAAUUUGGCAAUUGGCUUUCUAUGUAUCCGUAAAUAUAUAACCCAAUUCGAAUGCAAUCGUGACGAUCGCCGAAUGCCUUAAGCCGGUUUUCCACUAGCGAUUUUGUUCGCGCGAAGCGAAUUUAUUCCUUUGUCUUUGGGAAAUUUGUUCCAGAUGGUUGCAGCUGAGAGCUCUAAAACAAUAGCAAAAUGUCGCUUCGCGCGAAAAAAAUCGCUAGUGGAAAACCAGCUUUAAGGCCCAUACAGACAGGACGCGAUUUGGCAACGCGACGCGAAUUUUCAGUUUUCAAUGACACUUAACUUUAAUAUUUUUCAGUGUUUUUCAAAUAUUCGGGACCACUUAAGCAAUUUCAGCUAUUUGGACUGCAUAUCUCGUAAAAUUUUUACCCGUUGACGAUUUUAUUUGUUUUUGAAAACUGAAAAUUCGCGUCGCGUUGCCGAAUCGCGUCCGGUCUGUGUGGGCCUUUAAGCCUGUUUUCCACUAGCGAAUUUCUUCGCACGAAUUUUUUUGUCUUGUAAGUUGUAAGUUCUCGACUGGAACUAAUUAAACUUUUAAUUGAAUUCUUUUCAAUUUUAACAAUAAAAAUUCACAUCGCGCCAAGAAAUUUGCAAGUGGAUUUUUUCGGUAAUCGUUCCAUGUUUCGCGCACCAAUAUAGUAAACGUUAUGUAAUGGAUAUUAUAGUGUACUGAAAAGUUAACUGGAUACCUCCAUACACGUAUAUACACACCCUAACCCUAUCCCUAACCUUAAACCUAACCCUAACCCCUAACCCUAACCUAACCCCUAACCCUAAUACCUAACCCCUAACCCUAACUUAUAUUGGUGCGCAAAACAUGGAACGAUAACCAUUUUUUCUUUGUCUUGUGAUUUCUCGGGUGGAACUAAUUAGAAAAGACAAAGAGAAAUUCCGCUCCGCACGGAAAAUUCCGCCUAGUGGAAAACGGCCUUAACGAUUGUAUGUAAAUUGUGGUUGUUAUUGUGAAAAUUGACCCUAACCAUCAUAUUUCCCACAGAAACAAAUCAAUGCCACCAUACUUAUUGUAAUAUUCAAUACAGGCAUUCUCCUUAUCUUGGUAUUCCAUUCAAGUUUACCAAACAGCCAACCAGUGGCAUUGUUCCAAUGGUGAAGAUUGAUUCUUCCAAAGAAUGUUUGCCAAACAGCAUGACUUCAAUCAAACCAUGCGAGACGGAGAGAUGCAUUGUUCCUUUUUACGGCAAAGAACACCAUGGCGUCCAACUGUCCGAAGUGUUGCGAGUUUUUGAGGAUUUGUCGAAGAAAACCUCGACCGCAAUCAUCCAUUGCGAUUUUGCGCAGUUCAACAGCCUCAAUGUGUGCACAACGCGUGACUUGGUUUGCGUGAAAAAUUCUUAUCCAUUCGUACAGAAAUGUGUGAUGAACACUCUCGACCAAUGCAUGUUUUCUGACAUCACAAUUGCACGUGACCAACGCAAUUUCCCUGACGUGAUGAUACGUGACCAGUGCAUGUGCCCUGACGUCGUGACACGAGAUCAACGCAUGUUUCCUCGCAUGAUCCCCUCGGACCUGAACAACAAACUCGUGCUUCCAUAUCACGAUGCCGUCGAAAAUGAUGAUGAAGACAUCUUCGAAGAUUGCAUGGAUUCAACAUUUAAAAUUUUCUCGUUGAGCACAUCCGAAUCUUUAUACUCGAAGUUUAACGCAACAAAGAAAAAAUUGGAAGACCUUUUGAGAUCGCUCUUGUUGCUACACCUAUUCGUGGGCAAAAAGUUUCAAUCAUGGAAGGAUACAACGAUGUCUAAUCUUUCCCAGCUCUCCACGGGGCAUGUCAUCCCUGCCAAGACCAUCACUCCACACUAUGAUGUCACAAAGUCGUUUGUGUCGGUUCCAGAGAAGUCACAAGGUCCCACAAACGCAGGGCACGUGACAGGCAAGAAACUGCGUCGUCAAAACCGCAUGGCAAUGAGAAACAACGUGGUGAACAGCAACAGACAAAGAGGAAUGAAAAAUGGCCGCUUUCAAAAUAAUGUUGGUCAUCGUGAGUCAUGGCAUUGA